AUGCACAGAAGCGGCAAUCUUGUAGCAUCUCCGUCUCCGAAAUGGCAUGGGGAGGGGGACGGCAAAAGGACGGCUAGGAAACCUCCCCUAGACAUUUCAAUUGAUCGGAGACGCAGUGGAGUGACCGGGUACGGCAAGGGGAUGGCAAGGAACGUGUCUGACGUGUUCUUGUUAUUUAAAAUUCAAAAUAAAAGGAAAAAUAACUUAAAAUAA